AGCGACAGUCCCCACGUGUCAGCUCACAGAGUCGAUAGAUCUACGAAGCGUCUGUAAGCCCAAGUGUGAGACUCGAAUUUUCCUUACCCAACGCCAACUCGGAGGCUGUGACUCAGGGCUACCUCCCCGAUUCUUCCUCACUUCACCCAGCCCGCUCAGCGAUUCAUCGUAAGAUCAUCUAUAAUUUCAACUUACCGACAAUUUUGAAGCUUGCUAUGCUCAUCAGUUUUUCACUAGGUUGAAGGUACAUUUUCUUUUUGUGGUGAAAUGAUGCCGUAGGCUUGCUAAAGUGGUUAAACUAUGCCAAAGUGGGAAGCUUGUGCUAUAAGCAGAUAAUCCAUGGGCUUCUUGGAGCUACGAAAUCUUUUGCUUGAUUAUGGUUUGAUAGGGAAAUUGAUGGGGCAAGUUCAUUGGCAUCAACAACAUGAUCAAUGGUGGUAUAGUUUGAGCUGAAGUUUGAAUGUUGCUUUCAGUUUGUUUUCCAGAUGGAAGAAGUUUGUCUCAAUAGUGAGCCAGUCUUUGAUGAGGUUGAUGAGUACGAGGGUGAGGGAGACUGCAGUGUGGUGGAACAUGAUGAAACUUGUGCAAAACUUUCAAAGAAAGAACCACUUCCACCUACUGUUGGUUUGGAGUUUGAUUCUUUUGAUGAAGCUUAUGACUUCUACAAUGUCUUUGCUAAGGAACAAGGUUUUGGCAUCAGAGUUAGCAAUUCGUGGUUUAGAUCCAAAAGGAAGGAGCGUUAUAGAGCAAAACUUAGCUGUAGUAGUGCAGGCUUUAAGAAAAAGAGCGAAGCCAACAAUCCAAGACCAGAAACAAGAACUGGUUGCCCCGCAAUGGUAGUCAUUAAGCUUGUGGACUCUAAAAGGUGGAGAAUAGUUGAAGUUGAGCUUGACCACAAUCACCAGGUGAGUCCACAGAUCAAAAGAUUUUACAAGUCUCAUAAGAAAAUGAUUCUUGCAGCCAGAAAGGCACAACCACCAGCAGAACCUGUUACAGAAAUACAUACUAUCAAGAUGUAUCGAACAGCUGCUUUGGAUGCUGGGUCUAAUGGUUACCCAAAUGUUUCUGAAAGAGAGGGUAUACAUCCAGCUGAUCACUCUAACCAUCUGGAACUUAAAGAGGGAGAUGCUUAUGCCGUUUAUAAUUACUUCUGUCGCAUGAAGUUAACUAAUCCAAACUUCUUUUACUUGAUGGAUUUUGAUGAUGAUGGUCGUCUGAAGAAUGUAUUUUGGGCUGAUGCUAGGUCCAGGACUGCAUGUGCUUACUUUUGUGACACUAUCGUGAUUGAUACAACAUGCUUGGCAAGCAAAUAUGAAAUUCCUUUGAUUUCUUUUGUUGGAGUGAACCAUCAUGGACAAUCUGUGUUGUUGGGGUGUGGCUUCCUCGGACAUGAGUCAGUAGAGUACUUUGUCUGGAUCUUUAGAGCAUGGCUUAAAUGCAUGCUAGGGCACCCCCCACAAGUUAUUGUUACUGAUCAGUGCAAACCCUUGCAAAUUGCUGUCUCUGAGGUUUUCCCUAAGGCUCAUCAUUGUUAUUGUGUGUGGUAUAUCAUGCACAGAGUUCCAGAGAAGUUGGGGGGUUUGAAAGGAUUUGAAGCAAUUAAAAGACAGUUAAAUAAAGCUGUCUAUAACUCCCUGAGGAUAGUUGAGUUUGAAACUUCUUGGGCCGAAGUGAUCAAGCAGCAUGGACUUGGGGAUAACAAAUGGCUCCAAACAUUGUAUGAAGACAGGAAACAAUGGGUUCCAGUGUACUUAAAGGACACAUUUUUUGCUGGAACGAUUCCUAUCCAAGAAAAUGAGAGCUUGAAUGCAUUUUUUGAUGGUUAUGUACAUAAGCAUACAUCUUUUAAGGAAUUUGUUGAUAAGUAUGAUUUAGCUCUGCACCGGAAGCACCUGAAAGAAGCCAUGGCGGAUAUGCAGUCAAGAAACUCAUGCUUUGAAUUGAAAACAAGAUGUAAUUUUGAGGUACAGCUCUCUAAAGUAUAUACAAAAGAAAUCUUUAAUAAGUUUCAAUCUGAAGUUGAGGGGAUGUACUCUUGCUUUAACACAAGGCAGGUGAGUAUAAAUGGGCCAAUAAUAACUUACAUCGUUAAAGAAAGAGUCGAAAUUGAAGGAAAUGAGAAGGAGGUUAGGAAUUAUGAGGUUUUGUUUGAGACUAGUCAGGUGGAUAUCCGAUGCAUAUGCAGUUUGUUCAACUACAAAGGUUAUUUAUGCAGGCAUGCAUUGAAUGUUCUUAAUUAUAAUGGAGUGGAAGAAAUCCCCUCACGCUAUAUACUGCCUCGGUGGUGUAAAGAUUUCAAGUACAGGCAUGUUGAUCGAGGCUCCUGUGACAUCAAUGUGUAUAACCCAGUUUAUUGGCAUAAUCACUUGCAUAAGUAUGCAAUUCCAGUUGUGGAAGGAGGAGCACAAUCCCAGGAACACUAUAAGAUUGCACUGCAUGAAUUGCAGGAAUUAUUGAACAGAUUUAAUCUUGUAGAGGACAGCUUAGUGUAGCAGAAUAUAUCAAAAACCCGAAUCCAAUGUUUUAAUUACCUAGAAAUACAAGGCUUUUGUUGUACUUACAAAUUAGAUGUGUUUAGAAAGAACUCAAUAAUUCCUUGGGACUGAUUUUUCGUAAGCAGUUGGAUUGUUGGUCCUCCCAUGGAAAUGAAUGUUAAACCCUCAUGUUGCCUGAGUUAAAUUGACUGUUUCAUGUUCUUCCAGAGUACCCUUAUGG